AUGGGCUGCCCAGGCAGGGGGUGGCUCGCUGGACAAAGCUGGCCAUGCAGGCGCUCAGGCGUGCAGGGUAGCCAGCGCCCCGGCCAGGAAUGGACAGCCUCCAGGACACAGUGCCCCUGGACCACGGGGGCUGCUGCCCUGCCCUCAGCAGGCUGGUUCCCAGAGGCUUUGGGACUGAGAUGUGGACUCUCUUUGCCCUUUCUGGACCCCUGUUCCUGUUCCAGGUGCUGACUUUUAUGAUCUACAUCGUGAGCACUGUGUUCUGCGGGCACCUGGGCAAGGUGGAGCUGGCAUCGGUGACCCUCGCAGUGGCCUUUGUCAAUGUCUGCGGAGUUUCUGUAGGAGUUGGUUUGUCUUCAGCAUGUGACACCUUGAUGUCUCAGAGCUUCGGCAGCCCCAACAAGAAGCACGUGGGCGUGAUCCUGCAGCGGGGCGCGCUGGUCCUGCUCCUCUGCUGCCUCCCUUGCUGGGCGCUCUUCCUCAACACCCAGCACAUCCUGCUGCUCUUCCGGCAGGACCCGGAAGUGUCCAGGUUGACUCAGGACUAUGUAAUGAUUUUCAUUCCAGGACUUCCGGUGAUUUUUCUUUACAAUCUGCUGGCAAAAUAUUUGCAAAAUCAGGGAUGGCUGAAGGGGCAGGAGGAGGAGUCCCCAUUCCAAACCCUGGGUUUGUCCACCCUCCAUCCAUCUCACUCACACCUUAGCAGGGCCAGUUUUCAUUUAUUUCAGAAGAUCACCUGGCCCCAAGUCCUCAGUGGUGUGGUGGGCAACUGUGUCAACGGUGUGGCCAACUAUGCCCUGGUUUCUGUGCUGAACCUGGGGGUCAGGGGCUCCGCCUAUGCCAACAUCAUCUCCCAGUUUGCACAGACCGUCUUCCUCCUUCUCUACAUUGUGCUGAAGAAGCUGCACCUGGAGACGUGGGCAGGUUGGUCCAGCCAGUGCCUGCAGGACUGGGGCCCCUUCUUCUCCCUGGCUGUCCCCAGCAUGCUCAUGAUCUGCGUUGAGUGGUGGGCCUAUGAGAUUGGGAGCUUCCUCAUGGGGCUCCUCAGCGUGGUGGAUCUCUCCGCCCAGGCUGUCAUCUAUGAGGUGGCCACCGUGACCUACAUGAUUCCCUUGGGGCUCAGCAUCGGGGUCUGUGUCCGAGUGGGGAUGGCUCUGGGGGCUGCGGAUACUGUGCAGGCCAAGCGCUCGGCCGUCUCGGGCGUGCUCAGCAUAGUUGGCAUUUCCCUGGUCCUGGGCACCCUGAUAAGCAUCCUGAAAAAUCAGCUGGGGCAUAUUUUUACCAAUGAUGAAGAUGUCAUUGCCCUGGUGAGCCAGGUCUUGCCGGUUUAUAGUGUCUUUCACGUGUUUGAGGCCAUCUGUUGUGUCUAUGGCGGAGUUCUGAGAGGAACUGGGAAGCAGGCCUUUGGUGCCGCUGUGAAUGCCAUCACAUAUUACAUCAUCGGCCUACCACUGGGCAUCCUUCUGACCUUUGUGGUCAGAAUGAGAAUCAUGGGCCUCUGGCUGGGCAUGCUGGCCUGUGUCUUCCUGGCAACUGCUGCCUUUGUUGCUUAUACUGCCCGGCUGGACUGGAAGCUUGCUGCAGAGGAGGCUAAGAAACACUCAGGCCAGCAGCAGCAGCAGCAGAGAGCAGAGAGCACUGCAACCAGAUCUGGGCCUGAGAAAGCAGUCCUAUCUUCAGUGGCUACAGGCAGUUCCCCUGGCAUUACCCUGACAACAUAUUCAAGGUCUGAGUGCCAUGUGGACCUCUUCAGGACUCCAGAGGAGGCCCACACCCUUUCAGCUCCUACCAGCAGACUAUCAGUAAAACAGCUGGUCAUCCGCCGUGGGGCUGCUCUGGGGGCGGCAUCAGCCACACUGAUGGUGGGGCUCACGGUCAGGAUCCUAGCCACCAGGCACUAGCAAAGAAGCUUGGAAAGAGAAAGCCAGGAGUGGCUGUCCCCAGUACGCAAACACACCAUGGUCUGCCCUGCAAAAGCACCAAUGGGGUCCAGUGCAGGUGGACACUUUGAACCACUCCUCAAAAAAAGAACUUUGGCUGAUUCCUUGUGGUGACACUCAGAGGGGUCUGAACAGAGCAGACUUGAUAAUUCUGUUCUGGUCAAGCUGGAGUUUUCUUCUGUGACCUGGACUGCUCUACAGAAGACAUCAGCCAACUGCACGAGUCAGAGUCCAGGGAUUGCCACUAUUAUGAAUAAUGUAAAUGGCUUCAAAUGGGAGACUGCAGAUAAAAUCACAAAAACCACUGUUACAUUAAAGAUUACACAUUUCCUA